GCGAUGCACUAGAUGCGCGGCGCAUGGUUCUUGAUGUAACGCGUUUAAUGUUUCGUGGUUACAUAGUUUCAUUUUAUUUCCGAUUUCCUUCGGUACGUCCAGGUACGUCGAAAGGCAGGAAUAAGUUUCGAGUGUCAUCGCGAUACUAUUCGCAGCUCACCGUAGAUUGUCAUAAGUUGCUAUUAGUGAACGGAGCGAUAAACAAUAAAUGAAACGAAGCGACAUGGCUCGGUCGCUGACUAGAACCCAUCGACGAUCAUCGUAUAACGCGUAACACGUACUGCGUUAAAUCGCAGCCGCACGUUGUCCGUAGGCAGGCAGUUGGACAGUCAGAUACGGUGAGAAGCGGCCAACGAUAUGAAAGUGGGGAGUACGCGAGUACUUGUCUCUCGUCUUCGCACAGUAUUAUGAUCCACUGAUAGUACGCCACAAGCCAACGGAAGCUUUCCUAAUAUACGUCCUAUACGUCGUUUUUUAAGUAGCAACAAUGUCGGUACACUACAAAUUUAAAUCUACUUUGGACUAUGACACAGUAUCGUUUGAUGGACUGCAUAUUUCAGUGGCAGACUUGAAAAAGGCCAUAUUUCAUCAAAAACGUAUUGGAAAAAAUACAGAUUUUGAUCUGCAAAUUACAAAUGCACAAACAAAAGAAGAUUAUACGGAUGAUAAUGCAUUAAUUGCGAAAAAUACCAGUCUUAUUGUGGCCAGAGUUCCUUUGACGGUACAACAAAAACGUUCUUGGGAUAGAAAUGAAACUCCUCCGUUUAGUAAUAUAAAAGAUGAAGCUAAUUUAGGCAGAGCUGUAGAUCUCACAAGAUUAGAUGGCUCUGAAGAGGAUAAGAUUCGUGCGAUGAUGACGCAAUCGACUCAAGACUACGAUCCAUCAAAUUAUAUGAAAAUUCGUGGAGCCAAUCAGACUGGUGAUGUACCUGCAAAUUACCGUUGUUACAAAUGUCAUCAGCCAGGACAUUGGAUAAAAAAUUGUCCACUGGGCACAAAUCAAGAGCCAAUUGAAAUUAAGAAAAGCACAGGUAUUCCUAGAAGUUUUAUGGUACCAGUCGAAGGACCUUUGGUGCCUGGUGCUAUGAUGACACCUACGGGACACUAUGCUGUUCCUGCUAUUGAUCAUCAAGCUUAUAAGGAAGGUAAGAAGGAACGACCACCAUUUUCGCAAGAUCCAGAACCUGUAGCAGAAAAGCCAGAGAUACCAGAGGAUUUGUUAUGCAAUAUCUGCAAAGAUCUUUUAACGGAUGCAGUGAUGAUUCCAUGUUGCGGAAAUUCUUUUUGUGACGAAUGUAUUCGCACAUUUUUGUUAGAAUCCGAAGAACACGAAUGUCCAGAUUGUAAUGAGAAAGAUGUAUCACCGGAAACUCUUAUACCAAAUCGAUUUCUACGUAAUGCAGUAAUGAAUUUUAAGAAUGAAACUGGUUAUGCCAAAAGACAAACGUAUCGGCCUCCCAUUCAAAGUGUUGGACAAACUAGUGCAACGACCGAUCAGUUAAAAAUUGAAACGCAGCAAGUUGCGAGUCACACACCUCAGGCUAAAACUGUACAAUCGUCCGCUGCUCAAAAUACACCAUCGCAAGAACCUAUGGAAUUGCAAUCUAUUGAUCUUGAAUCUGCUUCGCAACACUUUCCAUCCAACAAUUCUGGUUCACAGUCACAAUCGUCAACCACUCUACCUGAACCUACUUCAGAGUCACACUUGCAAAGUGACUCGGUAACAAAAUUAACAACUGACGAGGAAACUGAGGUGCCUCCUCCUCCAGGAACAGAGCCUCUACUUCCGAUUCCUGCUCUCGUGAGUUCACCAGAGAGAGAACAACGCGAGCGAAGCGAUCCUUCCUCUCGCGAUAAGAAAGAACGGGACAAUGAAUAUUCGGGAGAACGUCAAUCAAGAGAACGUCGACCAAGUUUCAGCAGGGAUGGACAUCGUGACAGAAGUGGAGAGCGUGGUCGUAGAAUUGAGAAUUUACGGCCAUUGAAUCGCAACCGAAAUCGAUCCCUGUCGCCCAGGCACUCCCAGCACGGCGAGUAUCCAUCCUCGAGUGCAGUUUUACCACACUUGAUGAACCCACCUCCUUCUAAGGGCUAUCAAGGUCAUUUAGCUGACGAUGGACAUUAUCCACCUACUAUGCAUUAUGACAGUGGAAUACGUAGAUCUAACGAAGAUCGUGCGGGCACUCCAACGGUCGACGAACCCCAUUUGCACGUCCCCUCAUCUGGCAAUCAACCACCAUUGCUGCCUUUUCCACCGGGCGAAGAGCGUAUUCCGCCACCAAAUUACAAUCAGCCACCACCAAACGUACCUCCGCAUAAUCCUCCGCUUUUGCCGGAUCCAUACAUGAGUCAUCGAAUGCCGAUAUAUCCUCAUCAGCAGGGAUCGCAUUACGGACCGCCGAGAUAUGAUAGACCUCCUUAUCAACAACAAGGAUAUCGGCCAUCUCAGCCACCCCGAAACUAUAGCGGGCCACCGAGACUUAUGAGAGGGCUACACCAUAUUGGAUAUAGAAAUCUGCAGCCACCGCCACCUGGACUAGGUAGAAAUAUACACAAUGGGAAUCCACCUGGAAUCAUUGACGAUCCAUUAGAAGCAUUCCAGCGAAUGCUCAGAGAGAAGGACGAAAGAGAUCGGCGUUUAGGAAAGCAUAGAAGAAGAAGUAGAACGCGAUCUCGAUCGCGUAGCUACAGUCGAUCCAGAUCACGUUCCUUUGGUCGUAGAUCACCUUUUGCAUCUCGUAUCAGUCGGUCUCGCAGUCCGCCGAAACGAAGAUCAACGAGAUCUCCGUUACCUCUCCGACCUCGUAGUCGUACCCCAAAACGUAGAUCAAGAAGUGGUAGCUUUUCAAUCAGCAGAUCUAGAUCGUAUUCCCGCAGCCAGUCGCCGAGACUAUCCCCGUCGAGAGACAGAGAUCGGGAGAGAGACAGGGAAAGAGAUCGUGAUCGCGAUCGAGACCGUGAUCGCGAUCGCGAUCGCGAUCGCGAUCGUGACAGGGAUCGCGAGCGCGAGCGAGACCGAGAUCGUGAUUUACUACCUAGAUAUCGAUCGCCAAUCAGAUCACCUCCGAGAUUUCAAAGAGAAAGGGAUCGCGAGAGGGACAGACCGCGAUCGCGUGAGCCUCGAGAUGGUUACAACACUUACUAUGGCGAUUCGCCAGCUCACGAUUAUUCAUUUCGUGAACGCGAUUUACCAUCUAGAGAGAGACCGCUGCCGAGAUAUCCCAUAGGAAGAAAUCAGCCGUCCCAACACAAUAUACCGCCGUUGAUGCCGCAUCUAGUCACUGGAGGUCAUCCACCACCACCGCUUAUGUCAUUGGGACCUUCACCUACGGACAGGAAAGACUAUUAUGAUUCCUACAACAGAUAUUCCGGAGCUCCGCCUCCUCAGCGUUUUAGCAGUCCUCUGAGAGAUUCUUCGUCACAUAAGCGAUUCGACGACGUAGCACCGCCUGGUACUGAAGGCUACUACGAUCUCUCACCACCGGGAGUCGAACAUUCCGAGAGAUCGAGGGACGAUCGCGAGAGGCAGCGCUCCUUGAGGGAUCAGGAAGAUCGAGAGCAUUCAUCCAAGGAUCGUGAUAAUGACGAACGUGAUAGAUUGAGAGAUGAUAGGGGUCGCGAACGUGAGGAUCGUAUGCGCGAGAGGGAAGACAGAGACCGCAGAGUUGUAAACAGAGAUCGCGAGGAUCGCGACAGGCAAGUUCCGCCUAGAGAACACGAAGAUAGGAUACGAGAGAAAGACGAACGCGAUAGAAGAGAAAAGGAGAAGGAACGAGACGACAGACACAUUCGUGAGCGCCGAGAUGACGAUAGGCAUGUCGAGAAGAAAGAUUAUGACAAAGAUCGUUACAGAGAUGAUCGAGAUCGCCAUAGGCAAGACGAUAAGAAUCGGUUGCGAGAGAAGGAGAGACGUGAACGCGAAUAUGAGUCUGAAAAGGAUAGAGAUCGUCACGAACGAUAUGAGAGACGUUCGAUGGAGCGGAAAAAGAGCAGAAAAAGCUCAAGUCCAUAUUCACAGAAAUCCAGGGGCGAUCCUAAAGAUUUGUCGCCAGAACGAAGUACGAAGAAGAAGGAAAAGGAUCACGAGGAAAAGGUGGAAGAGAAGAAGAAGGAAAAGAAGAUAAAAGAGAAGAAGAAGAAGAAGGAUAGUGAUGAGAAAGAAAAGAAGAAGAAGAAGAAAAAGGACAAGAAAUCCAAUCAGAAAGAAGCAGCAGUCAAGGAUGAUCCGAUGAUCAAGACGAUGGAGACCGACGAUCUGCUGGCUGAGAAUAAAACAAACAAUGACACUUUAUCUACUUUAUCUUCGCCGCUCAACAAGACCGACUGUGUAAAGAUGUGUAACGAGGAAAGUAUUAUGCAAAACAGAAUCGAAUGUAUGUCCAAUCAAGUAUCUAACGCUCCGGUCAAGGAGGAAUUCGAAGAUAAGUCUCUGGCGAUGAAUCCGGAACCACCGGAAUUCAAUGCACCCAGUCCUGGUAGUGGUCGAUUGGAUCGUGCAGAAUUCGCCACGAAUCCACCGAAUCCAAAUUUCAAACCGAUCCCGGAACUUAAGUCGGACAUGAAACCGAUCGAUAGCCUUUACGGAGGAUUGGAUGACACGGAAAUCAAUACUGUCAUCACGGAGAAGUAUUCUCUAAUUUCGGAACACUCGCAGACCGAGACAAAGGAAACCGCCGCUGCGGCAAUUGCCGCCGCCUCCACCUCCAUCAUUUGCGCCAGCACCACCAGCGUCACCACCACUAUCACCACAACCGCCGUCGCCACCGCCGCUACUGUCGUGCUAUCGACGGAGAAAUCACCGAAAAGGGAUGAGUUUUUGGCACCGAUACCCGAGUUGUCCAAAUGGGAAAGGGAUGAGACGAUCGAAAAACCCGACGACGAUGACGACGACGAUGCGAGUGGUUCGCCGACAGAAAAGAUUCAAAGAGAGGACGAACCGAAAUCGAGCAAGAUGGUAACUUCAGAGGUGCUGAAACGGGCAGAAAACGCCAUAUUCCAAAAAGCAAUUAACGCGAUUCGGCCGAUCGAGAUUAAGAAGAUCAGCGAGAGCAGAAAGAUACUUUAUCAAAAUCCUGAGCCCAAGGUAUUGGAGGCGGUGGAGCCUGUCGUCAAUCGAGAACCACGAAAGAGCGUUAACGUGACGAUCAAUGUUGGAAGAAACGAGAGGAAUGUCGAGAUCACCGAACCAGCGAAGAAAGCUAAGCUCGAUCGUACAAAGUUCAAACCUGUGCCAGAAACAGCCUAUUCGCCGACCAGGCUGUCUGCGAAGGAAAGACUCGGCGAAAAGAUCGAGGACGGCAAAGAGAGAAAGGUUAGUCCGAUAAAGGGAUUCCUGCAGGAGAGGCGUGACGCCAAGAAUGAGAAUCAAUCGAGAAGUCGAUCGCCCAGGAGAGAAAAGAGAAUCACCUCCUCUCCGCUUUUAGAGCGACGCAUCGAGUCCUCGUCAUUGGGUUUAACUACAUCGAGCGGUGAACGAAAAGUUUUCUUGGAAGAAAGAAAACGCGACAAGGAUAGAGGAGGCGAUCGAUCGAAGGAGAGGUCGGAGAGAGGAGAUUUCCGAGGCGACAGCAGGCACAGCAGCGAGUUAAAAUCCGAGAGAGAGUCCAGACUCGAUUGUAGAACGGAUUUUCGCACCAAUAGAAAUGAUGUGAAAGGAGAACGCGUGGACAAAGAUCGCGACAAGGAACGAGACCGCGAGCACAGAGGUAGAACACCUCCUCCCUCGGCUUGCGUAUUUAAGAGAACGGAAAUGUCCAAAGUCAGUUUAUUGAAAUCGAAAGAUGAUGAAGAAGAGAAAAGGCGCGAGAAAAAAUCACGGGAGGAAAAGAAGAGAAAGAAGGAGCAUCGCAGUAGGAGUAAAUCCAAGGAGCAUAAGAAGCGGAAAGAAAAGAAGCAUAAGAAAGAUAAGGAGAAAAAUCAGGAGAAGAAGCAAAAGCACAAGGAGAGCGUGAUCUCUAAGGACAAGUUGGAUGGUAACGAGAUGAAGAUCAGUUAUGAGAAUAUUGAGCCGCCGACUCUGACAGACUCGUUGAAAAAACAAAGGAAGAAUCCGAGACUUGUGUCUGAUCGCAAGCGUAGUAUACUCGACGAGGCGAGCUUUGAACCCGAUUAUUCAGCUUCAGACUCCGAAUCGGAUGGCGAGGAAGGUGGUAAACCAUCACCCAUGAAGAAAGUUAAACUGGAUGAAACAGAAUUGGACAAGGAGAUGGAGAUCAAAUCUAUAAAGAAACGAUCAAAGUCCAGUAGUAGUGAGGACACGUCCAGCAGUUCCGACACUACCACUUCUGAUUCGGAUAGCAGCGACGAGUCGCAUAAGAAAAAAAGAAGAAAGCACAAGAAACAUAAGAAGAAGAAAUCUGCCAAGAAGGAUAGCAGCUCGGACUCGGACACUUAUUCUGAUUCGUCGGACAGUAGCAGUGACGAGGAGAAACACAAGAAGAAAUCGAAAAAAUCAAAGAGCAGAAGCAAGCAGUCAAAGAAAAAGAAAAAAUCCAAGCAUAAAUGACAUCGCUAGAUGUCUUUGAUGCUCGAUCAAAGAAUCUUACCUUACCUUACCUUAGAAAAAAGGCCAGCACUUUUUUUUCAUAGAGUACUUUCAAAUAUAUCAGAAAUUAUUAUUUUGUACUUGUUGCUAUACAGCUCAGUGUGUAACAAGGUGGUCUUUUGAACGGAAGUCAUUUAGUAGUAGAAUAUUUAUUGUAAAACAUUCAGCAAGUGAAAUAAACUAAUAGUUCGAGUAAUAAAGGGGAAAAAAGGUGAGAAUACAUACGACAAACAAAAUGUGAAAAUAGGAACAGAAUGAAAUGACAUGGCCUUUGCAUAAUUAUCACGCGGUCCGACUUGACAUAUUAAAGUACUGUAUGUAAGUUUAUUAUUACAAUAAGCCAUGUACAUUGUAGCUGGUGUAAUUUUGUGGCAAUUUUGUCAAAAAGCGACAAGUCUUUAAAAAAAACUUAAUAAUUAUAUAACGAAUAUAAGAGAGCAAUUUUAUUUAAGAUCUCUGCUAUCUAUAUACAUUAUAAAUAUAUAUAAAUAUA